CAUUUAUCGUGACAUAUAUAUAUAUAAAGACCGUGCACAAACCUUAUCUCCUAUCGGGCCCUGUGAUCUCAUUAAGGACAGCGAUUGUGACUGUAACAUGCUUCGUCUGUUGGCAUUCUGUGGCGUUAUCGCUACUGGAUUGGGCGGUACGUGUAACACUCCCUGGGUGAACCAUGCUGAUUCUUGUUACCUCUUUGUCACCCACCUCAAAGAAAACUGGAGUGAGGCAGUGUCGAUGUGUACUGAGUUAGGCGGUUAUCUGGUUGAGAUCGAGUCUGCACAAGAGCAACAGUUCCUGAUGAACUACGCCACACACCAACUACAUAUUCCACAAGGCGGUAGGUAUGGUAACGGCAGCUUUUGGAUUGGAGGAACGGACAUGUUAGUGGAAGGAAACUGGUUCUGGCUUUCAACAAAACAGAACUUCCUCUACACCGACUGGUACGCCGACACCAAGGAACCGAAUGGCGGAAUCAAUGAAAACUGCGCCCACCUCGGAUCUCACGUACAAUUCCAUUGGAAUGACGCAGAAUGCCACCUGUUGUAUAAUUUCAUCUGCGAAUCAGAAUCAAUCGGUGGCGCAAUUGACGUUGUUGGAUAAUGUAAACACAAUUAUUUUGAAUGAUUGAUUCUCCUGCUGAUAAUUUAUACUCAUGUUGGUACACACGUCAAAAAAUAAACAGAUAAAAAACAAAUUAA